AUGUGCAAGCAGCUCACGACCUCCUCACCACCACCACCACCACCUCCAAGACCCAGUAAAUGCGAUUCAGACCAACGUUAUCUCCUUCCCAUCCAGCAGGUCCCAGCAGAAGGGGACAUCUUCUCUCCUCUCAUCCCCAAAAACCCAACAUCAUCGAAACAUCACCAGCACCAAGAACAACAACCACCACAACCAAACCAAAUCGUGAAGCCCCACAAACACAAUCAUGACACCCUCAUCUCCUCCUCAGUCCUUAAAGAAGCCACGUCCGUAGCCAAUAUAGCUCUGCCCAUGAUUCUCACCGGUCUUUUACUCUACUCCCGUUCCAUGAUCUCCAUGCUUUUCCUCGGCCGGUUAGGGGACUUAGCCUUGGCCGGUGGUUCCCUCGCCUUAGGAUUCGCUAACAUCUCCGGUUACUCGAUUCUUUCCGGCUUAGCCAUGGGAAUGGAGCCUAUAUGCGGCCAGGCUUUUGGUGCCAAACGUUACACGCUUCUUGGACUCUCUUUGCAAAGGACGGUGCUCUUGCUCAUGCUGACUUCAUUACCUAUUGCUCUUCUGUGGGUGAACAUGAAAACCAUUUUACUGUUUUUCGGACAAGACGAGGCAAUUGCCCAUGAAGCCCAAUCAUACCUCAUGUACACCCUUCCCGAUCUUUUCGCUCAAUCUCUACUCCAUCCCUUGCGUAUUUACCUCAGGGCUCAGUCCAUAACCUUACCUCUAACAUUUUGUGCAGCUCUAUCAAUUCUUCUCCACAUCCCAAUAAAUUAUUUUCUCGUCACGAAGCUCAGCUUAGGCAUCAAAGGCGUCGCGCUCAGUGGGGUCUGGACUAACUUCAAUCUCGUGGCUUCUCUGAUAAUCUACAUCUUGAUUUCUGGCGUGUACAAGAAAACAUGGGGAGGGUUGACGACCGAAUGCUUGAAAGGCUGGCAAUCUUUAUUAUAUCUUUCCAUUCCAAGCUGUAUCUCGGUUUGUCUAGAAUGGUGGUGGUACGAAAUCAUGAUUCUGCUUUGCGGGUUGUUGUUGAACCCAAAAGCCACGGUUGCUUCAAUGGGCAUUUUGAUUCAAACCACUUCUUUGAUAUACAUCUUUCCAUCUUCUCUCAGCUUUAGUGUGUCGACCAGAGUAGGGAACGAGCUGGGUGCAAGGCAGCCGGCCAAAGCGAAGCUGGCAGCCGUGGUGGGCCUCUGUUGCAGCUUUGUUUUGGGAUUUUCUGCGCUCAUGUUUGCGGUAAGCAUGAGACAUGUUUGGGCUAGAAUGUUCACUGCUGACAAAGAAAUCAUAGCUUUAACAUCACUUGUUUUGCCCAUAAUUGGGCUCUGCGAGCUUGGUAACUGUCCGCAGACUACCGGUUGCGGGGUUUUGAGAGGGACGGCUAGGCCAAGAGUCGGAGCAAACAUCAACUUGGGUUGCUUCUAUCUAGUCGGAAUGCCGGUUGCAGUUGGACUAGGGUUCUAUGCAGGUUUUGACUUUGAAGGACUUUGGAUGGGACUAUUGGCAGCUCAAGCCUCUUGUAUGGUAAGCAUGCUAGUGGUCCUGUAUCUGACGGAUUGGGAAUUUGAAGCCCAGAGAGCCAAAGAGCUGACCUCAGCAGGAGCAGAUGCAGCUGUCGAGAAGAUUGAGGAAGAAGACAAGCCGCUUAUUGCAGAAAACAAGGAUACUUCUUUGUGCUAAAUUAGGCGACUUAGUUUAAGGACGUCAUGAAUUCCUAUGAGAUGGAUUAGUCCUUUAUUUCUUUUC